AUGAACCCAGUAUAUUUACACAAAGACGAAGCUGAUUGGGAACUCACGAUUCGAGGAAUUUGCACCAAGAACUUAGCAAAUCGAGAAGUCAAAGUCUCAAUACUUCGAGGUCAUCUCACUUGUGAAAAGGAGAAAAAUAUCAUCUAUCCGGAGGUUCCAAUGAAUUUCAAGGAUGAAGUGGAGAUAUGUAAGACCAAAAUUUCAUUAAUGUCAAACUUGGUAAAUUCAUUUUUUUCUGAUAAUCGUCAUCCUGAUUAUAUACGUUUGAAAACUCGAUUGUUACAUUUAUCCUCUCGUAUUAAUUACUUGAAACCUUUUGAUAAUUCAUCAGCUGAUAUGAAAGCACAACUUAUUUCACAAAAUAUGAUAUUAAUUGACAAGCUUGAGGAAAGAACAAUGGUCAAAAUUCCAAUUCUAAAUCAAGUAAAUUCAACUGUAAAGGAAAUAAAUUUAAUUGACAUCGAAAAUAAUGAUAUCGAGGCACAGUCUCAAAAUGUUCCUUUCUCUGCUCAAGAAUAUGUUAACUCUUUUCCUGAAACUAGUUUUUCUCAAGAUAAUCAAAGAUGCGUUACAAUAAUUUCAAAUGUUUUAUUGAAUUCACAGACACCUAAUCAAGUUUAUAGCCACUUCUCCUCUCAUGCAAAACGUGUAAAAGAGCUCAAAGAAAUUUUUGAGUUUGUGGAUUUGGAGUACAAAUCCGUACUUGAAAAUGUGCCGACGAGAUGGCUUUCGUUAUACCCUGCCGUUGAACGCUUGAUACGAGUUUUUCCGGCUCUUGAAAGUUAUUUUAUUUCGCUUGGUGAAGAAUUAUCGGUAGCGCUUAAACAAUAUUUCCAGAACAAAUCUGAGGGCAAUAAAACCACAAUAACUGAAUGCUAUCUCAGUUUCUUUCACAAUUCUUAUCUUGAAAAUAUUUUACGAAGCUGUACAAAACUUGAAACAAAAACUAUUCUUUGUUUCGAAGUUUUGAGAAUAUUAGAAGAUCUAAGAAGUAAACUAGAACAAAGGCUUCUUGAUGCAAUUUUUUCUUUGGAAAAAACAUAUACUUCUGACGAUUUGACGGAGACUGUAACAAGUAUAGGUUUAGAUUCUAGUUUAGACAUGGAUAAGUUAUAUGAAGAGUACUGUGAAAUAUCGAAAGCUACUUCUGAAGCUGCAGCCUGUAGAGACAAAUCUCCUGUUGAUAAAUAG